UAUGUGAAUCUCAGCAGGAUUGCAGUCUUGUCUGGUAUCUGGUAGCAGAGAGAAUGUGUUGCCUUGUCCUUGGAAGACAGUGGCUGGAAGUUUCUGAAAAUAUGGUAACUAAAGCUUUGAGGAGCUUUUCACACCAAGAAGUCAGAGUACUACGUCAGGCAUUCUGUUAAAUAGUGACUUUCAUCCUCAGGAGUCUCUGACACCAGGUAACAUGCUGCUGGUAUUUUAAGAAAGAUUCCUCUACUUCCCCUUUUUGCUUUAUGACUGCAUGAGCUGUUCUCAGAAGCACCUUGCUGCCUCGCUGCUGGGCGCUGGGCCUGCCCCUUGUUUGAGCUGUUGCUCGGGAUCCCAGGGCAUAUGCUCCCAUGCUCCCGUGGGCGUCUCUGCUGUUCCUCGCCGCAGUUGGUGGACAGCUCGCACCUGCACCCAAAUCCGUGAUUUCCCUCCAUCCUCCAUGGACCACCUUCUUCAAAGGAGAGGCAGUGACUCUGACUUGCGAUGCACCUCGCGUCCACGCAGCAGAGAACAUAAAAUGGUACCGGUGGUACCUCGGGACAGAAAUGCUACAUGAGACCCCAGGAAACACCCUCGAGGCCCGUGUCUCUGGAAGGUACAAGUGCCAGACCCAGGGCUCGCUCCUAAGUGACGGUGUGAGCUUGAUCUUUUCUUCAGAAUGGCUCAUCCUUCAGGCUCCACACUCCAUGUUUGAAGGUGACACGCUCGUUCUGAGAUGCCAGGCGAAGGGGAGAGAGAAACUGGGCGCUGUGAAAUACACCUGGAACGGGAAAGUUAUCUCUACCUCUGAUAAAGGCCAGGAUCUUUUGAUACCACAAGCCAGUUUGAACAACAGUGGCUAUUACCAAUGCAUUGGAUUUCUGGAGAGAAAUCAUUACACCUAUAGGUCAAAUAAGAGAAUUAUUAAAAUUCAAGAACUAUUUCCACGUCCAAAGCUGGAAGUCACACCCCCCCAGCCUACAGAGGGCGGCUCUGUAAACCUGAGCUGUCAGACACGGCUGCCCCUCGAGCGGUCGGAUGCUCUGCUGUCCUUCAUCUUCUUCAGGGACCACAGGGUCUUGCUAUCCAACUGGAGCAGGUCCCCGGAACUCCAGAUCACAGCCAUCUGGAGAGAGGACUCGGGGUCGUAUUGGUGUGCAGCCGCAGCUGGGGUCCCCAGCAUCCACAAACACAGCCUCCCGAUGCAGGUCCGUGUGCAGAGUGUCCCGGUGUCAGCAGUGCUCCUGGAGACCCAGCCCCAGGGGGGACAGGUGCUUGCAGGGGAGCGUCUGGUCCUUGUCUGCUCCGUGGCUGAAGGCACAGGGAACACCACAUUCUUCUGGCACAGAGAGGACACAGGGGAGAGUGUGGGGAGCAAGCGUCAGCGUUCCCAGAGAGCAGAGCUGGAGAUCCCUGCCGUCGGGGGGAGCCAUGCAGGGCGCUACUACUGCACAGCGGACAAUGGCCACGGCCUGGCCCGCAGCAGGGCCCUGAACGUCACCGUCACAGGCACUCCGGGGAACAGAAGCGGCCUUGUUGCAGCAGGAGCCACUGGGGGGCUGCUCAGCAUUCUUCUCCUGGCGGUGGCCCUGUGGAUUUGCCACCGGCACCAGAGGAAGUCAGGAGAUGGUUUUCUGAGAAACACAGCCAGGAGCCCUCCCGCCGCAGGCCGAGGAAAGGCACCCCGUGCAGGGUGCCCUGCUCCUGUGGAACUGCAGCGGUUAUAUGACAACGGGCACUCCGGACAGGGAGGCUUGGUGUAUUCUGAGAUCCAGUUUAUUCAGCUGCGACAAGAAGCGGCUGCCAGCACGUCCAGAACAUCUCUAGAGGACAAGCACACCUCAGUUGUCUACUCUUCGGUGAAGACACAGCUCCCAGAGGACUCAGCUGGAGAGGUCAGGUCUCAGGAUGAAGACGCCGUGGAAAGUUAUGAGAAUGUCCAAUUCGCAUGACUUGUCCCUGAUCCAAAACCCCCAGCUCAGCGCCGCCUUCGGGGUCCUUGGAGUGACCAACUGGUUCCAAUGUACCAGUUCUUCUUGCCCAUGUUCAUUCACAUCCGGGACUACUAAUUCACCUGCUCUGAAAUGGUGAUGGGGUGGCCACUGAGAGACUUGCUCAAGUGACCAGAGUGCACGGGUGAGACAAGACCCUGCGCACCUGCUCUGAGCCUAACCUGAUGUGUUCCCCAGGGUCUGAUUUAGGGGAAAGGAAAAAUGGGGAAGAAGUACUCCUGUUGAAAGCAGAAGCACAAAUUUUGGUUAAUUGGAAUUUGCACAUAGACACGACCGAGUGACUCGGGUCUCUGCUCAACGAGUCUCCAACAACUGUCCCACUGAGGAUCAGCUGCAUCAGUUGGCUUAGCCACGAGUAGUGCCUGGUCCUUCCCAGACGAUACGCAGAGCCACCCCUCCAGCUUACACUGCUUACACCGUCAGGAUUCAGUUGCAGACAAAAUAAUCCACCCCAGUGGUUUGCAGAGAAAAGAAUUUAAACAGGAUAUUAGGUACUUUACAAAAUCAUCUGAAGAGCUAGAGAAGCAGGCUCGAGGCUGAGCUUCCAAAAGCAAAAGGCAAAUAUGUUAAUGUUAUUUCAGACAAAGAUUUUUAACAGUAGAGAAAAGAAAUUUUAAAAAUCGAAUUAAAAAGUUGGCUGAUAGCCAUACAAAUCUAAAUUUGAGUUGGAAGUUAUCAGCAUAAGCUGAUGUCAAACCUUGUUUUUUUAAAAAAAAAAAAGAUAUUUAUUUCCUAGGUCUGUCCACUGAAAAGGCCUAGAAAUAAUUAGCAAUCCGACAGCAGUGAGCACAUUUCCACGGGUUGUAUUCUCCAAAUGCUAUUUCCCCACCACCAAAUAGUUGAUGUGGGAAUAAACAAUUCUUCCAAUAAAUGAAGAAAGAACGAAAGAAACAGCAAACCACUAUUUUGACCAGAUAUUUCAUGGGACACCUACUGAUUAGGCUCUAUCAAAAACCAAAUUAUAUUAUGUGCCUCCUGAUGGAAGUAUUCAAUGUUACCUACAAAGUAUUCAUGCCCAAAAUAUCAAAACUGAAUCCAAUCAAGCUUCUAGAUGCAACCACCAGUUUACAGGAAAUACACGGAACUACAACAUAACACCAUGAGAUGGCACCACAGGGCUACAAUCAACAAAAUCCACACAGUGGAAAAGUCUACAGGACAAAUGACUGGGUUUCUUCACCAAACCAAUGACAGAAGGAAGGAAGGAAGGAAGGGCAGAGGGAGGGAAGGAAGGGCAGAGGGAGGGAAGGAGGGGGGAGGGAGGAAGGCAGAGGGAAGCCCUACAAACUCAGUGAGCCUUGACACACAUAAACCAAAGGGAUGGCCAGCCUUGUUCGGAUCCUGACUCAAACCAAGUUAAGAAAAAUACCACUUAGGAAAUUCUAAAGGAAAUUUGUACACUAAUGUUAAGAAAUUAUUGUAUGUUUUGGAUAUAAGUGAUAGUGUUAUGGUUAUGUUUUAUUUUAAAGAUACAGUAUUCAUCUUUAAGAACUCCUACUGAGGUAUUUGUGGAUUAAAUGAUAUAACCUUGUUUGAAAUAACCCAGUAAGAGCAGGGUGGGUGCGAUGAAAUGGGGCUGGUUGUGUGUGCACCAUCUCUGAAGCUGGGUGGCAGGCACGUUGUGGGAGGAAGGGGGUUUUGCACUCGUUUCUGCUUUUGUAUGUUUUUAGUUUU